AUGGGGUACAACCCUGGUGAGGCCGAGAAGGAGGAUGCGCAGGAAGAGGAGGAUGAAGAGGAUGCGGAGGAGGAUGACGCGGAUGUUGGGGAGGAUGAAAAAGAUGAGAAUGAUGGCGGGGAGGACGAAGAGGAGGAGGAGGAGGAGGAGGAGGAGGAGGAGGAGGAGGAGGAGGAGGAGGAGGAGGAGGAGGACGAUGAGGAGGAGGAUGAUGAGGAGGAGGAGGAGGAGGAGGAGGAUGAGAAGGAGGAGGAGGAGGAGGAGGAGGAGGAGGAGGAGGAUGAGGAGGAGGAGGAGGAGGAGGAGGAGGAGGAGGAGGAGGAGGAGGAGGAGGAGGAGGAGGAGGAGGAGGAAGAGCAGGGGGACGACGAGGAGGAGGAUGAACAGGAGGAGGAGGAGGAGGAGGAGGAGGAGGAGGCAGAGGAGGAGGAGGAGGAAGAGGGGGAGGAGGAGGAGGACGUGGUGGCAGUGAAGGGAUGGGGUGGGCGUGGGAGACGGCAUAGUGGUACAGGGAAGGUGGGGGGCCGGACUCGCCAUUCCCAAAAACGCGGGGCAGUUGACGCCGCGCGCGGCGUAGCAGCUGGCAGACGAAAGGCGGGUAAGGUGAAGGUCGAAAGUGAAGGGGGUGGUAAAAAGCAAGGGCGCCAGGGAGCAAAAGGGGAUGGAGGACGUAAGGGUGGCGGCGCCAAAGGGGUUCCAUUGGGUACUGGCAAGAAAGAAUCUGCCGGUAAACGUCGCAGCGGCCGUCAAAGCACCCCGCGGAAAGGUGGCAACGAGAAGGCGCUGGCCCCAAAAAAACGAAGGGACAGCAUAAAGCCAAGCACUUCUGCCAAUCCCUUCCCUGAGCUCCCUUUUUCCUGCCAGCGUGAUAGUGUGAGGGCACACGGGACUGCUGAAGAAGAUGCUGAAACCCUUGGCCAGAGGGGGGAUUCUUCACACCCUUUUCCACCGCUCAUGGGUGCCCUAGGUGAAAGUGUGGAGCACGAGCAGUUUGUUACACGGGAGGAGUUCCAGGCGCUGCGGUCUGAGAUGUAUGCUAUGUUCGCACAGCUCGGCCUGCGUCGUGGAGUACCUGCCAUUUAUGCCGGGGGUUUCGCAGCCGCGUCUAUGGCUGGUACCCCGCCGCCGAUGAGUGCCGUGGACAAGGCACGAGUGCUAGUGUUGCAGGAGACAAACCCAUUCCCGGUAUGUGGCGGGCCAAAUGGGGCGGGUUGGGGCUGA